AUCAAUGCCAAAUGUAGGGGCUCAUUGUGGCUAUGCGAGUUGCCCCAAAACCAAGCCGCAUAUGCUGAAUGUCCACUUGGUUCCGCACACCCAUGAUGAUGUAGGCUGGCUGAAGACAGUCGAUCAAUAUUAUUAUGGCAGUCAAACGUUGAUACAAAAAGCCGGCGUGCAAUAUAUUUUAGAUUCAGUGGUUGCGGAAUUGCUAAAGGAUCCCGAGAAACGUUUUAUUUAUGUCGAGUCGGCAUUCUUUUUCAAAUGGUGGUCCGAACAGUCGGAUGCCAUGAAGCAGCAAGUCCGUAUGUUGGUCGAUGAAGGGCGUUUGGAAUUUAUUGGCGGGGCCUGGAGUAUGAAUGAUGAGGCAACGACCCAUUAUCAGAGUAUCAUUGAUCAAUUUGCAUGGGGAUUGAGACGCCUCAAUGACACCUUUGGUGAAUGUGGCCGACCUCGCAUUGGCUGGCAAAUUGACCCCUUCGGCCAUUCCCGUGAAAUGGCCUCAAUGUUUGCCCAAAUGGGCUUUGAUGGCCUCUUCUUUGGCCGUUUGGAUUAUCAGGACAAGGAUGAGCGCUUAAUGACGAAGAAAGCGGAAAUGAUUUGGAGAGCUUCGGCAAAUUUAGAUGAAGAUGCCCAUCUCUUCACCGGAGCCCUUUAUAACCAAUAUCAACCCCCACCAGGAUUCUGUUUCGAUAUUCUAUGUGCCGAUGAGCCGAUUAUCGAUGGCAAACACAGUCCGGAUAAUAAUGUCAAGAGGAGGGUCGAUGAAUUCUUUGAGUUUGUCAAGAAACAAUCAAAAUAUUAUCGCACCAAUAAUAUUAUUGUGACCAUGGGCGGUGAUUUUACCUAUCAGGAUGCCAAUGUUUAUUAUAAAAAUUUGGAUAAAUUAAUAAGAUAUGCCAAUGAACGCCAGGUGAAUGGCUCCCAAAUAAAUCUGCUCUACUCCACUCCCUCAUGCUAUCUGAAGGCUCUCCACGAUGCUGGCAUUACAUGGCCCACAAAGGAUGAUGAUUUCUUCCCCUAUGCCUCCGAUCCGCAUGCCUAUUGGACGGGAUAUUUCACCUCACGGCCCACCAUCAAACGUUACGAACGCAUGGGCAAUAAUUUCUUACAGGUUUGUAAACAGCUGACCACCCUCACUCCGAACUUGCAUCCGGAAUUAUUACCUCACCUCGGUUUUAUGCGUGAAACGAUGGGUGUAAUGCAACAUCAUGAUGCAGUAACGGGUACCGAAAAACAAAAGGUGGCCUAUGAUUAUGCUCGUCAUCUUAGUGUGGGAAUGCGAACAUGUUCGGCUAAUGCCCGUUCGGUAUUGAAUGUUUUGGUUGAAGGUGACUCACCGCGUCCGAAACGUUAUGGCAAACCACGACCGGUGAAAUUUGAAUUUAAAACUUGUUCGUUGCUGAAUAUUAGUUCGUGUGAUGUGUCGGAGCAGAGUGAGCAAUUUGUGUUGACGCUUUAUAAUCCUCUGGGUCAUUUGACAGAUGAAUAUGUGAGGAUCCCAGUGCCAGAUGUUAACUAUGUUGUCAAAGAUUAUAAAGAUGUGGUCAUGGACAUCCAAUAUGUCCCUGUGGCCGACCCUGUACAAAAUCUGACCUUCCGUGACUCUCAGGCAAAGUAUGAAUUGAUAUUCUUGGCCACUGAGCUACCGGCAUUUGGUUAUAAGUCCUACUACAUCAAGAAGACCAAUGGACAUCACAUGAAACCCGUACCAGAUCCGGAGAAUAUGUCCAGCUUGAUUGAUAUUGGUAAUGAGUACCUGCGCCUGACCUUUGACACCAAUGGCUUCCUGACCAAUGUUGAGGCCGAUGGGGUCUCUCGUAUAGUGAAUCAGGAAUUUUUGUAUUACGAAGCAGCCAUUGGUAAUAAUCGUGAAUUUGUAAACCGCUCCUCGGGAGCCUAUAUCUUUAGACCCAAGGAGGAUAAGGUACGCACCGUAACCGUGGCUCCGGAGAUCACCGUAUAUCGUGGCGAUUUAGUCGAGGAGGUCCAUCAGAAAUUUAACGAUUGGAUUAGCCAGGUGAUUCGCGUCUACAAGGGUAAACGUUAUGCCGAAUUUGAAUGGAUGGUUGGCCCUAUCCCCAUCGACGAUGGUGUGGGCAAAGAAAUCAUUACUCGCUUUAAUGCCGACAUUAAAUCGGAAGGUAUUUUCUAUACCGAUUCGAAUGGUCGUGAAAUGAUUAAACGAUUGAAAGAUCAUCGUGACACCUGGAGGGUGAAAUUGGAGGAACAUAUUGCGGGUAAUUAUUAUCCGGUGACCACAAAGAUAGCUUUGGAGGAUGAACAUGCCCGUAUGGCCAUAUUGACGGAUCGUGCUCAGGGUGGUUCGUCAUUGUCGGAUGGUUCAUUGGAAUUGAUGGUUCAUCGACGUCUACUGCACGAUGAUGCCUUUGGUGUUGAUGAGUCAUUGAAUGAGACAGCCUAUGGCCAGGGUUUGGUGGCCAGGGGUACACAUUAUUUGCUAUUCGGUUCGUCACAGCUCGAUCAAAGUCCCACCAUACAGGCAUGGGAAAGAUUUACUCAAUUGGAGAAAACUUUGUCGCCCUGGAAAUUCUUUAGUCAGACGAAUUAUAGCUAUACCCAAUGGAGGCAACAGUUUACGAAUAUUUUCACCGCCAUGUCUGCGAACUUACCCAAAAAUAUCCACCUCCUCACCUUUGAACCCUGGCAUGACCACGAAAUCUUGGUACGCUUUGAACAUCUGCUGGAAAAGGAUGAGGAUCCAAUGUUCUCGAAAUUUGUGCAAUUCAAUGUCAAGAACUUAUUCGCCGGAUUCUCAAUCAGUGAUAUGCGAGAAACGACCCUGGAUGGUAAUGCUUGGCUUGAUGAAAAUCGUCGCAUGGAAUUUGUACCCGAUCCUGAGGAAGAUAACUAUGAAAAUUAUGCCGUCUUCGCAAAGGCCUAUAAUUAUGUCCAGCUACAAAAGGCUGAUCGACCAAUGGUUUCGACCGAGUUCUAUGAGGAACUAUUGCCGGCUGGUAAAUUGGGUGCGGAAAAUAAUCGCUUGAAACGUGACACGUUGCACGAUCAUCAGGAAUUGAAUCGUUUGCGUAGCGAAAAAUUGAAGCGAAUGAAAUAUUCCAUUGGGGAAUUGCCCUUGGAGAAGAAUGAUGAUCGCAAAUUUUUAAUUGAACUGAGUGCCAUGGAGAUAAGGACAUUUAUUUUGACCUUAGGACCAGUUUGA